AUGGGCGUCGGUGAAGAUAAGUGGAAAUGGGUUGGGAAGGUUUUGGGACCGACAGACUGGUUCUCCCUGUUCCUCUUUACAAAUCGAGAUAUGGUUACCAUUUUGGUUAAAGACAUUACAAUUGUCAAUGUCUAUAAUCAACCGAAACCAUCCAAGAAAUACCCUGAGCCACCGGUUUUUGAGUUUCUCAAACGGGAAAUCAAGGAACAAUACUCAAAGAUUGUCAUUGCAGGUGAUUAUAACUUACAUCACAAGGAAUGGGAAUCAAGGGCAGGUCCGAAUACGGAAGCAGAUGAAGUUGUUGAGUGGCUACAUGAAAAUGAUAUGAUGUUAAUUACUCCAAGAAAUCAAAAAAUAUACAACAAUAGAACCAAUAUUGAUUUGGUUUAUGGUUCAGUGGACUUACUUCAUAGAAUUUCAUUUAGUGGAGUGGAUGAAAAUACACUAAGUGAUCACUCAAUUGUGGAGUGGGACAUCUCUAUGUCUCAGAGUAAAAACGGGGAUGAAGUUUUUACUUCGGUGAAGAGAUUGAAUAUUAAGAAUGCAGAUUGGGAAAAGUUUGACAAGGAGCUUUCUUCUGCCAUUAAAGAUUUUAAUGUGCAUAACAAACCUCUAAAAUCAACUGACCAAAUUGAUGACCAAGCUAAAGUUCUUGAGGAGGUUGUAAAAAGAGCAAUGGCAAAGUCGAUGAAUGAAGUUAAGGUGAUGAAAAAGUUCAAACGCUAUUGGAAUCAAGAAUUAAGGGAGAAGUUAGAAAAAGCGCUAGAAGCUAAAAGGGAAGCCCGUCAAAGGCAACCUUCUUUGGCUUUGAAACGACAAAAAAUCGAAGAGGCGAAAAAAGCUAGAAAAAUUUUUGACCACAGUUUGCGUGAAGCAAGUACUGAGCAAUGGAAUAAAUAUUUGUCUAGUUUAGAAGGAAAUGACAUUUGGAAGAUUUUGAAGUAUAUUAAUCCAAAAAGCAAUGAUACCAUUAUACCACAAAUUAGAAAAGAAGAUGGAACUCUCACUACUACUGUUGACGAAAAAAGACAUGAAAUAUGGAAGGCACUUCUACCUGAAAUUGAUCAUGGUCUUGAUAGAGAGUUUGAAAUUGAUGACGAUUCUCGAUGGCCAAAAUUAGAGUUUGAUGAAGUUGACUCUGCAUUGGGUGAUACCCCAAAUGAUAAAGCUCCAGGAGACGAUGGAAUUACUGGCAAAGUUUUAAAGAUGGCAUGGCUGAAUAAAGACUUAAAGGAAAGGUGUUUCAAGCUUCUCCAAGCUUGUGUGAAGUUUGGAUACCACCCAAAAGUCUGGAGACAUGGCAUUAUUGUUGUUAUACCUAAACCUAAGAAACCUGACUAUUCAAAGCCAAGAGCAUACCGAACGUACCAAUUUGUAAGUGAAAGAGAAGCUAGUAUGCUCAUGGACCGAAGAAAAGGAUCAGUGCAAAAAAUUAGUACUGGAAUUCCACAAGGCUCACCUAUUUCACCACUACUUUUUUUGAUAUAUUCCACACCAAUGUAUCAUGCCAUUAAAGAAUGGGGUGGAACUCCUUUUGGCUUUAUUGAUGAUGUGACUAUUACCGUUGAAGGUAAAAUUGAAGAAAAUACCAAAAGCUUAAGCAACAUAUUAGAAAAAUGUUGUAAUUGGGCUAAAUCAAGAAUGACCAAAAUUGAUUUGGGUGAUAAAUUGGGUUUUAUUCAUUUUACAAAAAAUGUGAAACCUAAAGAUGAGAAAGUGCAACUUACUUUACCUAAUGGAGAACUUCGUGAACCCCAGAAGGAAGUUAAAUUGCUUGGAAUUACUUUGAACAAUCUGCUUGAUUUUAAAUCUCAUAUUUUGAAUAAAAUCAAUAAAGCAAGAAAAGCUGUUGGUGCUAUUUGGCAUCUUGGUGUCGUGCAAAAAGGUAUGCGAGGGUCUGCAGUCAGAUCACUGUAUAUUGCUUGCGUGAGACCAAUUGUUGAAUAUGGCUUAGAAAUUUGGCAUCAUAAAGUCUUGAAAGGAGAAAUCCACAAGUUGGAAGUGAUGCAGAACAUGGCUUUAAGAAGAAUUGUUGGUGCUUAUCGCACAACUCCUAUUGCGGUACUACAAAAGGAAGCUGGUAUUAUGCCAUAUAGUAUUAGGCUAAAAUUUAUGGUGGCACGAAAAGCUAUUCGUUUACACCUAAAUAUUAGCAAAACUAAUCCUAUUAAUGGUCAUUUGUUAACAUUGAUUGAGAAAUCUCCAAUUGCAAAGCUAACCACGCUUUACAUGUUGGCGAAAGAUGAUAGAGACUAUAUGAUUAAAAAGGAUGAAAAACGAAAAUGCAAGAGGGUUGAACCUCUUACACUGAAACAACAACAAUAUCAGACGAUUGGAAUUUUGAAGAAACAAGCAAUGGAAGAAUGGCAAGAAAUGUAUUGGAACAGCAGUAAGGAUCUGUGGUAUCAUAAUAUCACAGUGGAGUCGAAAUGUACUGAUAAUCUUUCCAAAAUGGUUACGGGAGUGAUCAUGAAGAAAGAUAGUCGAAGGAACUUGGGUAAUAUUACUCAAUUUCGCACAGGCCAUGGCAACUUUGGCGCAUGGUUUAAAAAGUUUGAAAUUGAAAAGGAUAGUUACAACUGCAAAUGUGGAGAGCUGGAAACAGUUCAUCACAUUUUAGUUGAGUGUCCUUUGCUUGAAGAGGAAAGAAAAGAACUGAAACGGAUAUCUCCAGAGAUGGACAUGUCGACUCUCUUAAACAGUUUAACUGGCUUACAAGAGAUUGUAAGCUUUAUCUCUGCUUGGAGGGAUUAA